AUGGCAAUGACAAAUGAUUGUGAUCCCAAUUUACUUGUCUGGAUCGAUUUGGAAAUGAGCGGAUUAGAUUUGAAUGUACACACAAUUGUGGAAAUAGCGAUAGCAGUGACUGAUUUUCAUCUGAAAACCUUUCUCGAAGGUCCAGAUAUCGUCAUUCAUCAUGAACAAGACGUUUUGGAUCGAAUGAAUGACUGGUCAAGAGAACAACAUACCAAAUCAGGUCUAAUUGAUCUCAUUCGACAGAGUCGAGUGUCACUGUACGAUGCAGAAACAAUAGUAUUAGACUUUCUAAAACAACAUUGUCCAUUCGGUUGUGGAAUCCUGGCAGGAAACUCAGUUUUUGUCGAUCGAUGGUUCAUUGAAAAAUAUAUGACACGUCUUAAUGCCAUUCUUCAUCCAAGUAUUGUUGACUGUAGCACUCUCAAGGAAUUGACCUUACGUUGGCAACCGAUACGAUAUACAAAACGACCCCACAAACAGAUGAUGCAUCGAGCCCGUGAUGAUAUUAAAGAAUCUAUUAAUGAACUUAAUCAUUACCGACAACAUAAUUUUUAUCUCGGCUGGCAUUCGAUUCGAUACCCACCAUAUGUAUCCGCACCUGUACUCUCCAAUCCUCGCACUCAUCUAGUUUGGCUGAAAACUGAUACUGAUCAAAUGAAUCAUGUCUAUGUGAUUAUCACCGAUGGAAAUUUAAAUAUUUUAAACGAUCUUUAUCUUGACAUGAAUAGCAAAUGCAAUCAGUAUUCGUCAUUAGUUGGAUUUCUACAUCGAAAUAUUCUAGUUAAUCGAUCUUCACCGAUUUGUGGUCAACGUGUCCAUAUUGAUCGAGCGAGACUUGAACGUGUCGCACCAGAAUUUCUCGCUUGCUGUCACUAUCGAAGUAUCGAUGUCGAUGUUUUAAAUGUUCUUUGUCGACGAUGGGCGAAGCAAGUUUACGAAAAUCGACCGAUCAUCCAAACAGAUUCGAAUGACCUGAGUCAUGUUUUGUUUUCACAUGUACACAUAUGCUCCAUGGCCUUGCAUAAACUAUCGAAGCCGAAAACAUUCCAUGUGGAUUAUUGUGGCUGUACGGCAGCAGCGUUAUUACUAAGCGAUCAAACAAUACGUGAUGCGAUUGAUAUUAUUCAUCAAGCAAAAAGCAAACGUGAUUUCGUUAAAACAUCAGUGACGAUAUCGAAAGAUGGUGUGAAGAUCAUUUAUAAUAACGAACCCAAAUUUUCAACCAUCGUACCAGCGACGAUGAUUGCUGGUUCGACAGUUGGCAAACCUACUUUACAUAAUAACGUUGGUGUAGUAUAUAUUUCACCGUUGACUGGUCAGCAUUAUCCUGCAUUUGUUCAUGUUUAUCGAUGUGAUUCAUCGCGUGUUGCUCAAAAAUUUCUCUCUCGCUUACGUGCAUAUCUAUCUUCUGAGAAUCAUCGUUUUCGAAUCUGCCAAUUGGAACAGCAAUUGCUCGAUAGGAAUUUAUUGGAUAUUGAACGUUUCAAUGCAGCGAAAGCACAAAAAACAUCUUCAUCGACCGUCUCAUCACCGACAACAACAGUAUCAACAAACGAGAGUCGAAAAGAAGCACGCGUUGAUCCAAUAAAAACACUUACUGAAGAAUUUCAGAAGAAAAUUGAUUCUCACGAGCCGAUUCUAUUCCCACCGAAAGAUUACGAUACGCUGCAUACCAAACAUGGUGAUGUUCAGCGAGCACAAGCAUGGAAAAGCACCGAGCCAACAAUUGUUGGUUAUUCGGCGCUAGAUCCGGAUGAUAAUCGAAUGCGUCACCAGAUUUCAACAAACUCUAUGUCAGUAACCGAUGAACGCAAAAACAGUGAUAGUUUUGAACGUAACAAAUUAACAACUUCUCAAACUGAUCCUAUUCUUGAUCCGGUAGAAACCGUUAGCCUAGCUUUCGAUUUUCUCAAAGAUGAAACAAGUUCAAUUUUUACGGAUACUGAUGGCAACAUCGAACAUAUAGACACACAACAACACAACAAACUACCAGUUUAUCGUUUCCGUCCACCACAAAUCGCCCCUGUUCCCAAGAAAAUAUUGACUAGAAACAAUGACUACGAUUUAGCCAAAGAUGUUUCACAAAUAAAAUCACCUUCGCGGAACGACCCGACUGCCCACAACCAUCACCAACAUCAUUAUAUACAGAAUGGACAUAGAACUCCUUCAGAAACACGUCUCUACCACGAUGAGAGGCAUCGCAUGCACUUCAAUCCACAUUUUGAGAAUCGUUUGAUCAAUGGGAGCGGUGUUCCGAUCAGUACCAAUCCACUGUGGUUAGCACCAUCUCCUACAUUAGCUAGUUCGCAACCAAAUCUCCUCUUACAUCACAAGUCCAUUGACACAACACCAUUACAUCGGCAAUCCAGCCCACAAAGAGACAAUGCAAUACCUUCGAUGCCAUUGAAAAAUCCUAUGUAUGCCAGUAAUCCAGAUAACCGAUCGGAUUUGCUUUCAUUCAAUCAGAGAAAAUCAACACCCGCACCGAAAGAACUCAAUAGGAAACAUAAGACACAGUCGCACUACUUUGAUACGAAUGAAUUUAUUCUCUGCGCGUCGAAUGGUCAACCACUAAGAAAUCGGCAACAUCCAAAUCGCUACGUGUCGAAAGAAUAUAGACCUCAUUCUAUGAAUGUAAAUGGUACCCUGCUUGAUGUAUACUAUUGA